AUUCAGACCAUCAAACAGUCAAACAGCUGCCUGAAGGAGAAAAUCAGUUCAGGAGUUGACGAGUUCCGACAACCUGAGGUGAAUCAGAAGUUCAACACUCGUUGGACCACAGAGGAGCAGCUGCUCGCUGUACAAGCCAUCAGGAAGUAUGGGCGGGACUUCCAGGCGAUCUCAGAUGUGAUUGGUAACAAGUCGGUGGUUCAGGUGAAGAACUUCCUGGUGAACUACAGACGGAGGUUUAACCUGGACGAGGUUCUUCAGGAGUGGGAGGCCGAGCACGGGAUGGAGGGGGGACAUGGGGGGGGAGGAGAGGAGGACAAGAUGGAGGUGUGUCCUGCUGAGGAGGAGGAGGAGGCCACUGCUAAGGAGACAAAGGAGGACUCGGCCUCCCCGCUGGACUCCCAGAAGCCCCAGGCCUCCUGAGACGCUCUGACCCUGUCCCUCUGGUGUUGUCAUUAUGUGCUUUAUUUUAUGUUAUUUUAUUUUCUCAGUUUAUCAGUUAGUAUGUUGGAAUUUUAUUGAUCAGGUAUGAGGUUUGUGUCUUGACUGACAUCACUGCUCUCUCUGGACCAAUCAGAAAUCAGACCUCACCUGUCAAUCGAAGUGGAUGGGACCUACUUUUUUAUUUCUCCUUGAAGGUUUUAUGUUUUAAUCUGUUUAUAUUUCUUCUUUCUUUCUCUGUGCGUGUCGGGGGGGGUGAAGCAGCCAUGUAGGAUGAUGUCACUCAGUUAGGAGGCGUGUCCUGUCCUGAUGAUGUCAUCCUGUUUUGGGGAUUUUAGGAUAUUUUAGACGAGUGACAAUAAAACCAAAGUUCAUCAAUAAAUGAAUUUUUCUUCUU